AUGUUACACAUUACCGAGAAGGAGCAAACUAGAGGGCUGCGACAGCUGGAGAAACGAGGCAAAAGGUUAUUGCCACCGCUGAUAAAAUUCAUUUGGUUUUGCCUAAUUUCAGCAGCAUGCGUUGCCGCAACUACAUUUUACUGGCUUCGACUAUCACCUGUACACAACAUACACAAACAUUCUCUUAACUCAUCUUUCGAGGACAAGGGAGAAGAUGGCACAUUACAGUUGAAGCAUAUAUUCCAUCACGGAGUUGGUGAAAAGGAUUAUAAAAUACAUAAAAGGCUAGAUGUCACACAAGAGUAUCUUAUUAAACACUCAGCCUAUUUCCAAAACAUGGUCAACGAGCAACAACAAGAAGUACAAGAAAUACAAGAGAUACACAAGAGACACGAAAAACAAGAAAUACAAGUAAAAUAUGGACCAGACCAAGAAUAUAAUCAAACAAACACUGCUCUGAAUAGCGUGGGCACGGAAUACAAAUCAAGGCUUAGCACUAAUGAGUAUGAUUGGCCCGAUGUGCAUCGUGGAAAGAAUCCAUUUGAUAUCCAGCUUCCAUUUAAAAACAAACAAAGUAUCGCCAGACGAAUCAAGCAUCGUAAUGAGCCAUUUUUCAUUGAGAGUUAUCUCGACUAUGCUCGCUCAGUCAAUGGAGAUGCCCUGAUUUUGAACCGAAUAAAUUUAGAGUGGAUUGAUGAUGAUAUUAAUAUCCCAAAUAUUACCGAUAAAGAUACGAUUGUUACAUUGGCUACUAUUUCAUCAAAUGCAUAUGUUCGAUUCCCGCAAAAUGAUGAUGACAAGAAGAAAUCGGACUGGACAGAUGUUGGUGGUGGGUGGAUUCCUGAUGAGGAAAAUAAUGAUGUCAAUUUUGGUUGGGAAGAUGUUGGGUUACGUGGCCAUAUAUUUGUAAGCAAGGAUAACAAGACAGUUGUUAUUGGUAUAAAGGGGACAUCGGGUGCUGGAUUACCUGGUGGAGGAAGUGAUGAGACUACAAAGAAUGACAAGACAAAUGAUAAUUUACUUUUUUCGUGUUGUUGUGCUCGAGUAGGGUACAUGUGGACAACUGUUUGUGAUUGUUAUGAGAAAGCUUACACGUGUAACCAGGAUUGUUUGGAGAAGGAGUUGCGUAGAAAAGAUCGGUAUUACGAAGCGGCAUUGGAUAUCUACAAGAAUGUAACUGCCAUUUAUCCACCAGAGACUACGGAUAUAUGGGUGACUGGUCAUUCAUUGGGAGGUGCUUUGGCAAGUCUCUUGGGUAGGACAUAUGGGUUGCCUACAGUUGCUUAUGAGGCUCCUGGUGAGAUGUUGGCACUGAAACGCCUUCAUCUUCCGCAAGCCCCAGGCUUGCCUAGACAUUUGGAACAUAUUUGGCAUAUUGGCAAUACUGCUGAUCCUAUAUAUAUGGGGGUGUGCAAUGGUGCUUCCAGUAGUUGUAGUUUAGGUGGCUAUGCGAUGGAAACUGCGUGUCAUACAGGAUAUCAAUGUGUUUAUGAUGUGGUGACGGAUUAUGGAUGGAGAGUGAACUUGUUGAAUCAUAGGAUACAUACGGUGAUUGAUGAUAUAAUUUUGGUUUAUAAUGAGACUGCACCAUGCGUGUACCAAGCCCCAUGUCGAGAUUGUUUCAAUUGGAGGUUUGUCUCGCACGACGAUAAGGAGUGA